CUCUUCACUCUCUUUGCUAUAUAAACUCCCCCGCCACUUCCUUCUUCUUCAUCUCUUCAUUCUUCAUUUCUCCUCAUCACCUUUUCCAAUUCCUCUCUUCAACUCACAUAUUUUCCACUUCUAAAUAUUCAUUAUAAUCUUUUAAUUCAUUCUUCAGUUUGCUGCUUUUGAUUUCUCCAAAAUGGCUGCCGUUGCCUCAUUUCCUCAGAUUAACGAUAUCGACUCCAUGAGCUUCAAUAAUGUUGAUAAGCUUACUUAUGAGAUCUUCUCUAUUUUGGAAAACAACUUUCUAUUUGGUUGCGAUGAUUCAAAUCAGAAGCUACAUGUCGUUGCUCAGCCUUCGCUGGCUGCAAAUGCCUUCAAAUCGGGGAAGCAUAACUCGGGGAAGGUCAGGAUUUUGAGUAUUGAUGGUGGAGGCUCUACCGAUGGAAUCCUUGCUGCUAAGUCACUUACCUAUCUUGAGGAUUUUCUCCGUCGGAAGUCGGGAAAGCCUGAUGCGCGCAUUGCAGAUUAUUUUGAUGUGGUUGCUGGUUCUGGAGCGGGAGGCAUUCUCGCGGCCUUGCUGUUUACUAAGGGGAAAGACGGUUAUCCUCUGUUUACGGCGGAUGGAGCUUUGAAUUUUCUGAUUAAGAACCGUCGGGAGAUUUUCCGGUCAUCGGAUGGAGGAAUCUUUCGACGAGUGUUCCGCCCGGCGAAAGUGGAGAAGUUGUUUCGGAAGACGUUUGGAGAGUGCACGUUGAAGGACACGUUGAAAUCGGUUUUGAUUCCGUGCUACGAUCUCUCCACACGAGCGCCAUUCCUGUUUUCUCGUGCCGACGCUCACGAAAUGGACGGUUACGAUUUCAAGAUUCGCGACAUUUGUAUUGCGACGUCUGCAGAACCGACAGUUUCCGGAGCUGUCCAAAUGUCAUCCGUCGACAAGCGAACGAAAAUCGCCGCCGUCGACGGCGGCAUAGCGAUGAACAACCCGACGGCCGCCGCAAUCACUCACGUGUUGAACAAUAAACAAGAAUUUCCGUUUUGCAACUCCGUCGAAGAUCUCCUCGUAGUAUCUCUCGGAAACGGAGAGUCAGAUUUCAGCGCCGUAAACCUAACUUCAUCUCCUGCCUCAUUCACAAGGAUCGCCGGAGAGGGAGCUUCCGACGUGGUUGAUCAAGCUGUUUCUAUGGCAUUUGGUCCGCACAGGACAACCAAUUAUAUCCGUAUUCAGGGAAACGGGAUUGUAGGGGGUUUGGAGAAGGGCAAAAGAGGGCAAAAGAUGAAGAGGAUAAACAUAUUGGAGAAGGCAGACGAAAUGCUAACACAGAAGAACAUAGAAGCUGUUCUAUUCAAAGGAAAGAAGAUGAUUGAGAACACGAAUUUAGAGAAACUUGAGGUUUUUGCUGGAGAAGUAAUCAAAGAAGAAGAGAGAAGAAAAAGUAGCAUCCUCCCAACUGUAUUAUUGAAACAAACUGCAUUUCCAUCUCCAAGAACAUCCUCUGCUUCAGCCACAACACUCUCCACAAUUUCCUCAUGCUAAUCAUUAUUAUUUCAAUCAAGCCCAAAAACACUCCGAAUUUGGAGGUUAGUUUAGUUCCUAUAUAUAUAUAUAUAUAUAUAUAUAUAUAUAUAUAUAUAAAUCAAUUAAGAACCCAAAAACAAAACCAAAAAUCAAAAAAAGACGAUCAAUUUGUGUAUUAUGUAUGCUGCUGCCGCUCGCGAUUAAAUGGUAACGUCCGAGUCUGAGCUGAGCUGCUUUUUUCUUAAUUUCUUUUAUUGAAUCCUUAUGGGGUGUGGUUGUUGAUCAAUUACUAUUAGACAUUUGCAAACAAAUAUGAGGGCUUUCCAAGUGCCCCAUUGUAUAGUUUAAAAGAUGAUCAGAUGAUAAGAAAAACUGAGAGAUUUUUUUUAUUUGAUUUUUUCAUUUUUUUUUUUCUAUGGGAAGAAGAGUGUGUGCUUUUCUUGGAGUAGAGAGAGAGAGAGAGAGAGAGAGAGAGAGAGAGAGAGAGAGAGAGAGAGAGAGAGAGAGAGAGGUUUGAGUUUUGUGUAAUUUUACAUAUAAUAUAAUAUCCCAUUGGUAAAAUAGGGUAUUAUUUAACCUUUUGUUCAUGUAUUUGUAUUCUCCAAGUGUGUGAUGAUUUGUAAUCACUAGUGGACAAAGGACAUGGGGUCCUUUGAGAAAAAAACAAGGCCCAAAAUUGUAAUAGAUGAUAUUGUUUAUUUAAUGUGACAUUAUUAAUUGCUCUUU